AUGGCGGACGAGAAAAAGGGGUGGGGCCUCGCCAAGGCGAUAUCUUCGGACCUGCAAGAGUCGGAUGUCGAGAAGCAGCAUCGCGACUACACAAAGGCGCAGCAGACUGCCCUGGACAAGAUGCUGGAGCUCAGGAUGCUGAAGCGCCUCGGGAACAGCUUCCAAAAGCUGAAAGUUGUGCAGAGCUCAGAAGAUGACGACGAGCAAGCGAGGAUUGACGAGCACCAGCGUUUGAAAUGGCUGGAAGGCCAACUGGGCAAGAAGAGCAUCAGAUCCAGCCAGAAGGAAGAACACGUGGUUGCCAAAAGGAAGGCCGUGCAGUCGACUUUCCGAGCCAUCAGCAAGCACGAGGACUUCGAGCUCUUGGUCAUCAUACUCAUCCUGGGGAACUGCGUCUCACUGGCGCUGUUCGACCCGAACAAACCGGACGACUCCAGGAGGAAUUACGUCCUCAACCAACUCGAUUUUGCCUUCAACGUCAUGUUCACGGUGGAGAUGGUCAUCAGGAUACUGGCGGCCGGCGGCGUUCUGCAGUACCUCAGGGAGUCCUGGAACUUCUUCGACGGGGUCAUGGUGCUCGCCGGCUACACCGUGUUCCUUCCGGUCGGCGACAGCACUUCAGGGACGUCGUCCAUCCGAGCGCUGCGAGCCCUGCGGGCUGUGCGGCCGCUGCGCACCAUCACCAGGUUCCAGUCGCUGAGGUCGGUGGUGGUGUGUUUCCUUGAG